AUGGAAGAGCUGAUUGUAUGGAAACGAGACCCUGUGGAGUGUGUAAAGGAGUUAAUAGGGAAUCCAACGUUCCGCGAGAUGAUGCAAUACGCACCAGAGAAGGUUUAUGAGGAUAUGGAAGGGGAGUGCCGGAUCUACGAUGAGAUGUGGACUGGGGACUGGUGGUGGAAUUUGCAGAAAAUGCUCCCGCCUGGGGCUACUGUUGCACCUGUCAUACUCGCGUCAGACAAGACGCAGCUGACGUCGUUCAGCGGCGACAAGUCUGCAUGGCCCGUUUAUCUGUCAAUUGGCAAUAUCCCCGGCAGCAUCAGGCGUCGUCCAUCGUCAAAGACAACAGUCUUAAUUGGGUACAUACCGACAACAAAACUUGACAUCUUUCGCACCGACGAAGAGCGCUCACGAAAUGGGCAGCAGCUGUUCCACCACUGCAUGAGCCUACUCCUGAACCCUCUGGUGGAGGCUGGGAAGAACGGAGUGGAUAUGGUAUGCGCAGAUGGAAAAGUACGCACUGUUUUCCCCAUCCUAUCCGCCUAUAUCGCAGACUGGCCGGAGCAAUGCCUGGUUGCAUGUACAAAGGAGAGCCGCUGUCCGAAGUGUCUGGCAGGGACGAAAGAGCGGGGGGAGCCCGUUGACACGGUCUUGAGGGAUCCGGAAAAGACGAAGAAACUUCUGAGGAGAGCAGGUGGAAAUCCCCGAGAUAAGAAUCUCAAGGAGCAUGGAAUCCGUGCGGUUGACCCAUUUUGGGCUGACCUACCUCACUGCAAUAUUUUCUCAUGUCUUACGCCUGAUCUCCUCCAUCAACUCCACAAAGGCGUCUUCGGUGACCACGUGUGGAAGUGGUCGACAGAAGCCACAGCUGGUGGUGAAGAGGAGAUUGACCGACGCUUCAAGUCAAUGCCGUCGCAUCCAUCGGUCCGACACUUCAAUAAAGGUAUAUCAGUUCUCUCACAGAUGACCGGCACGGAGUACAAGAACAUCGAGAAGGUUUACCUUGGUGCUCUCAUUGGAGUUGUCGAUCUCAGGGUCCAUCGCGCGGUCCAGGCGAUUCUUGAUUUCAUUGUGCUUGCUAGCUUCGAGAGCCAUACUGAUGAUUCAUUGACACGAAUUGACUCGGCCUGGUCAAGCUGGCAUGAGAACAAGGGGAUAUUCCGCGAGCUAGGCAUUCGGCGUCAGGACUUUGGCAGCAUUCCGAAACUCCACAUGUUAAGGUAUUACAUCACCAGCAUCCGGUCUCGUGGCGCAGCAGCUUGGACAAAUACCGAGCUUUCAGAACGGUACCACAUCGAGUACGCUAAAUCGGGUUAUCGUGCAUCAAACCGCCGCGAUUUUCUUGAGCAGAUGACCGUCUGGCUCAGGCGUCAGGAGGCUAUCCAUCGUCGGCGAACGUACCUUGACUGGCUCAGAAAGCGACACCCUGAUGAGUCGGCUCAAGCAGAGGAUGAGGGCGAGGCAGACGGAGGUGAGGAGGAGGAGGAGGGUCGAGAGAGCCAAGAGCAGCAAGAGCGUAGUGAGUUCUUCGUUAAUACACCAGCGCUGCCAACCCCUGUCUCCCAUCAAGUCCUUAUGGCUCGUACACCCGCCUAUCCCAACGCUUCGGUUCGUGAACUCGGUCUACAGUCAGGUCUUAACGACUUCCCCCCUGUGCUCCACUCGUUCCUACUGGACUCUGGCUACUCACGCUCUAUUACAUCCCUCGACUUCUCCCAUCUACGAGUGCAGGGCUUCAAACGAUUCACAAUUCGCCUCCCUUCUCCAUUUGACUCUGGCGGUCUUGGUCUCUCUGAGGUCAACAACGACUCUAUUCGCGCAACAUUCUGUCAAGCACCACGAACCCCACUCCGUUCACCAUCCCCUGCACGCUUCGAUACUGCUCUGGCCAUCCAAGACCCCUCGUCCUGGCGUGUCUCAACUUCACGUAGCGAUGGCUCACUAUCCGGCCUCAAGGUAUGCCGAGUGAGAUUUAUCUUCAAGCUUCAGCCCGAGGGACAGCCCCUUGCAUAUGUCGAGUGGUUCAAUGCCCCCCUUUGGUCCUCUGAUCUAGGUUUAUUCUCAGUCUCAAAGGCCUAUCGGCGUCGUCCACAACGGCAAACUUCCAUCAUUCCCACUUCCAGUAUUCUAUGUUCGUGCCAUUUAAUCCCAAAGUUUGGUACAAAUAUCGGUCCCAAACCGGACGCGGAUGAUGCUCUCGAUACCUAUACUACGUUCUAUCUCAAUCCUUAUCUUCGUGCUCAUGACUACCUCCUCCUUCGUUACCACAAGCUGUAUGAUAUAUGA